AUGAUAAGCAAAGAUGAGAGACCUUAUAAAUGCAAUUUCUGCGAUAAAGCAUUUUAUCGUUUAGAGCAUAAAGUGCGUCAUGCUAGAACACAUACAGGUGAAAAACCUCAUGCUUGUACUUUUCCAAAUUGUGAUAAACGAUUUUCUCGGUCUGAUGAACUUCAAAGACAUAUCCGUGCUCAU